AAGAUGAAUAAGCUUGCUAUGUAUAAUAGCAAUCAGAAAAUGCUGCAUGGAUUUCUUACCUACUGCAGGGUGUAUUUUCUGUACUAUGAGACUCAGUUUAUUAAGGAAUCUGAGAAAGUUAUUCUUGCAGGGACUCAUCUCGAAAAGAAUGCUCUU